UUUAGAUAAAACAUAAAAGUACUUUCUUUCCGUUCUUUGAAAACCAUCCCCACCGGCCACCACCAUGUCAGAUGAUCCAUCCAAGGUGUCGGUGAAGAAUGCAGAUGACGCUGCCUCCAAGAUUGAGAAACUUCCAAAAAUCAGACUUGUUAUUCCCAAAAGAAGAAACGUUGGAAGUUGCAGCGGUGCAACUAAUUCCAAGACAACUGACGUUGGGACGAACUCCAACACAAUCUCCUUGGAUAAGAAGGAUGUCAACGAAAUUGUCACCGAGUCGCGCCCGCGUGAAAUAGGCAUCGAUGGUGAUGGUGAUAGUUGCAAGAAGGCAACGGGAACAUCAAAAAAUGAUGCACUGGCUAUUCCGACGAGCACUGGAGUAAAGAAAAUCUCCAUGGGUCCAAGUUUGAAGGACACAUCUAAAGAAGUUCUCCGUGGGUCCAAGUUCAAGGGCGAUGGACUUCAUGAGGCUCACAGAGAUUCUCAGCCUUGCCAGGUGGAUAACUGCAAUGUAGAGGGCGGAUUUUUUCAAGUGUGUGGAGGCCACAUGUGGUCUUUCGGUGUAUCUGUGAAUGGCAAACCAAGCACCUAUUGCCAUUCAUGUCACCUGUUUCAGAACGUCGAGGACUUCGACGAAGGGAGGCAUAGUUGCAAGAAUGCAACGGGAACAUCAAAAAAUGAUGCACUGGCUAUUCCGACAAGCACUGGACUAAAGAAAAUCUCCAUGGGUCCAAGUUUGAAGGACACAUCUAAAGAAGAUCUCCGUGGGUCCAAGUUCAAGGGCGAUGGCUGUAUGAUGUUUCAGAAUAUUUCGGACUUUGAUCCAGGGAGUCGGAUUUGCAAGGGCCGGGCUAUGGUAGAGAAGGAAGAUGCACCAGAAUGUUAUCCGGGCAGUACGGACGAGGCUCUACAUUCAUCUAAGCUACUGAAGCUCACAGAGGAAAUGCACAGCAGCAUUGCUGACAUGGGGACACAACUGGUCCGUUUGGCUGAAGAUACUGAAAGAAUGCAGCAAGAUAUUGAACAAACGCAGCAACUAGUGCUCAAAGGUAAUAAAAAAUUGCGUGAAGAAGUACAAACAAGCAACAAGCGGCUGCGAGAAGAUAUGGAGAGAAGAUACGCUAACUUGCAAAAGAGCUUCCGAUGA